GCUUUGCCCCUCGUCACCAGCGAACUUCUUGUGGUCUUAUCAUCCGCUGCAUUACACCCGCAGAUACAGAAGGUCGGAGAAUCUGAAAUCUUGGCCGGCUAUACCAUUCAGUUUGCAUUCAAUCCAGCGGUUGGAAAGCGACAGAACUGUUGUAUCUCGGCUGUACCGGGUGAGAUACACGCGCCCCAGAAACCUGGAGUAUCAGCAAUUCCGGUGGGAAUUUCUUAGCUUUUUCUUAUAAUUCCAUCCCACCAAAAUGGUCGCCAUAGACCAAAAGCUCCGAUGGAAGCACUUGUAUAAUGUCUUGACGAGGUCGGGCCCAUUCAGUGAUGAGGACUGGGUUCCUGGACCAGAGACGAUAAGCACUCUAGAAUCAUCCAAGAUCUUGGUCAUAGGUGCUGGAGGCCUGGGAUGUGAAAUCCUGAAGAACCUGGCCUUAUCAGGCUUUAAAGACAUUCACGUCAUCGACAUGGACACAAUCGACAUCUCCAACCUCAACCGUCAGUUCUUGUUCCGUCAAUCUGAUAUCGGCAAACCUAAAGCCGAGAUUGCGGCUGCCUUUGUGGAGAAACGUGUCAAAGGCGUGAAGAUCACCCCCUAUGUCGGCAAGAUCCAAGACAAAGACGAAGACUACUACAUGCAAUUCAAGAUCGUUGUUUGCGGCCUUGACAGCAUCGAAGCCCGACGUUGGAUCAACUCGACACUGGUCGGCAUGGUUGACUUCGAGAACCCGGAGAGCUUGAAGCCCCUCAUCGAUGGCGGAACCGAAGGGUUCAAGGGUCAAGCUCGUGUGAUUCUGCCGACGCUCUCCUCCUGCAUCGAGUGCCAGCUGGACAUGCACGCGCCCCGACCGGCGGUGCCGCUCUGCACCAUCGCCACCAUCCCGCGCCAGCCCCAGCACUGCAUCGAAUGGGCCCACCAGAUCGCCUGGCAGGAACAGCGCAAGGACGACACGUUCGACAGCGACGACCUGGAGCACAUCGGCUGGAUCUACAACGCGGCGCUGGAGCGGGCCCGCCAGUUCCAGAUCCCUGGGGUCACCUUCCAGAUGACCCAGGGCGUCGUGAAGAACAUCAUCCCGGCCAUCGCCUCGACCAACGCCGUCAUCGCCGCCGCCACCACCUCCGAGGCCCUGAAGAUCGCCACCUCGUGCAACCCGUACUUGGAGAACUACAUGAUGUACGCCGGCGAGGAGGGCGUCUACACGUACACCUUCGAGGCGGAGAAGAAACCCGACUGCCCCGUCUGCGGCAACCUCGCGCGCGCGAUGACCGUGGACCCGAACAUGACGCUGGAGGCCUUUAUCGAGGCGCUGGGCGAGCGACCCGAGGCCCAGCUGAAGAAGCCCAGCAUGCGCACGGAGGAGAAGACCCUCUACCAGCGGUUCCCGCCGCAGUUGGAGGAGCAGACCCGGCCCAAUUUGAAGCUCAAGCUCAGCGAUCUGAUCGCCGAUGGCCAGGAGAUCGCAGUCAGUGACCCCGCCUAUACCAUCGACUUCCGGUACAGGCUGGAUUUCAGCUAAGGAAGAGCCACACCAUAUGCUGCGGGUACCGGAAUUUAUAUAGUGCAAAUGCACACUAGUUUACGAAGAAUACACGAUUCUCCUACGAUGAG